AAAAGCUCUGGGAAACAGCCAGGAUAAGAUACUGGCCACGCAACUUUUCGAUCGAAUUGCCGAGAGACUGCGAGAGUGAGCACCAGUUUUGUCGGACUAUGUUGGCUGAAAAGUGCUUUUUCUGUCAAAGCGAGGAAAACCCGCCGUUCAUCUUGGCCUGCCAAAUGUGUCAGAUAACCCAUGCUCGAGUGUUAAAUCCAUAUUAUGGGAUUGAUGAUAAUUCCUCUGAAGACUAA